GACCUUGGCGGCGCUUGGCUGCAUUCACGGAAGGCGCCCGAAAACGCGUCGGAAAAAGGCAUCGGGGGCAGCGCGCGUUCGUGUCGCCCAUUGUUAUCCUCGUCGCGUGUAAUGGCUACCGUAGAGUUUGUUGACGGUGUUCGGUCUGCUUGUUCGUGCAUCGGCCUAUCUUGAGCCACGGUACGCGCCGACGUGGCCCAACCUUACGGAAAUAAAAUCGAGAAGAGCUUUACGCCAAGGUACCGCCAAUUUUAUGCAACCGAGAAACCCGCGCUUCGUAUACCAGUCGCCGCAACCGCCACCGCGCUUGGACGACAUGAUCUGCGCGGGUCAACGCUGUUCGUUGACAAGCGUGUAACUCAAAACUGAUUUCACGGCAACCUGAAGAGGAAAUAUUGUAACGGCGUUGUGUUUAGUGUUAAUUUUAGCGGGAUUUAACGUACUAAAAAAGUGUAUCAAAGCUCUAAAUCGAUCGCCAUUGAUUUUCCGCCACGACCACGGCCCUACCGACACGAGGAACUUGUUCUCGGAUGUUGUAUAGGACAAAAUACUUAAAUCAUUUAUCAAGGUAUCACGAUCAUCAGGAUUAGUGUGACCAGCUGCGCGGCAUUCCGCGCCGCAGUCAUGGCAACUAGAAGACCAUCCGUUUGGCACCCAGGCAUGUAACCCGCGGCGCCCGUGUAGACUAUCACAUGGUCAAAGGCAACACAUCAAUGGCCCUAGAAUCAAAUGGCAACAACGUGGUGUGGUUGAACACAACCCGUCCUGAUCAAAUACAACAGGUAUGCAGCUUGUAUACCAGCACGACGUAAAAAAGGAACGAGUUUUCUCCAUUGAGCCAACCAAUCGAGCAGCCAGUGAAGUGUUCCAUGUUUACUCAAACCGAGCAAACUAACAGUUUUACUCAGACGGAGCAGAGCAAUUCAAGCUACGGCGAUCAGAGACAGCAAGCAGCCAUGUUUGAUCCACAACAAAUACAGCAGCAACAAGCUGCUCAAGGUCAACAAUCGCAGCAGCAACAAUCUCAACAGAUGUAUGUUACGACAGACAAGAAAGAGGACAAAUCCCAGCAGCAAUCAGCAACUGCGGACUUCCCUUUCUAUUACAAUGUCAACAUGCUUCAAAAGGUUCAAACAAAUGCGGUGAGCACAAUUGGUGCGAUCACAACUGACGACAAGGGUUGUUAUCGUUUUGAUGUGCAACCUGUCGGUUAUAACACAUUAUUGAAUCAGAUGAGUAUUGCGGCUGCUACCAAUGCGACCUUCAAAUGUGACAUUUGUGGUUUGGUCUUUGGACAUAUGAGUUUGCUGAAUCAUCACAAACGGAUUCAUAAUACAACACCUAGUAAUCUUCAACAACAACCACAACAAGUUGUUGUGCAAACACCUACAACAGUUACUGUUGCAACUACACCAGAAAGACCAUAUACCUGUGAUGUGUGUGGAGCUUGUUUUGCAUUACCAGGAGAAUUAAAGAGCCAUAAGACAAAUAUGCACCAAAAACCAAAAGUGCAAAUUUGCGAAGAUUGUGGCAGUGAAGACCCCUGUGAACAUCAUCCUACUAAAAUUAAAAAAACUAUCAAGCCUGGUCAUCAUCCUGUGAAACGAAGGGGUGUUACCAGUGUAACUAAAUGCCAUAAAUGUAAUGGCACAGGAAUAAUUUUUAUUGGUAAACACGACGAAAAACUAGAUUCUGGAAUCAGUUCCCUCGCAAAGUGUGGCGGCUGCAAGGCAACAGGCCGCAUCAUCAUAGGAAGUGGUAAACAGAACAGUCAAAAUCAAGCAGAGAAGCCAUUUCAUUGUAAUGUGUGUGAUGGAACAUUCUCCAGAUAUUCGUCACUUUGGUCCCAUAAGAGACUCCAUUCUGGAGAUAAACCAUUUAAGUGUGAAGUUUGUGGUUUAGCUUUUGCAAAAGCUGCCUAUCUAAAAAAUCAUGGACGAGUGCAUACUGGUGAAAAACCAUUCAAAUGUAGUGUUUGUGGUAUGCAGUUUUCGCAAAGUCCUCAUUUAAAGAAUCAUGAAAGAAUUCAUUCUGGUGAACGUCCUUAUCAGUGUGAAGUGUGUGAAAAAACAUUCGCCAGACAUUCAACUCUUUGGAAUCAUAGAAGAAUUCAUACCGGUGAAAAACCCUAUAGAUGUAAUAUAUGUGGUUCGGCCUUUAAUCAAGCUACACAUCUGAAAAAUCAUGCAAAAGUUCAUACUGGUGAAAAACCACACAGAUGUGAUAUAUGUGAGAUUGGAUUUUCCGACCGCUUUGCAUUAAAGCGUCAUCGUGCAAUUCAUGAAAAGUACGGUCAAACUGCUCGAAAUCAGAAUGCGAAUAAUCCAAGUAACGCACAGCAAGCGAAUGCGAGUAAUCAACAGCAACAGCAACAGCAACAACAGCAGCCCCAACAAGCUCAGCAAGGUCAACAGGUUGUUGUAGUGAAUGCCACGACUCCUGUUACUGUGAGUCAAGGUCAAGGGCAAGCGGUAAUGCUCGAAGAAGUCUACAAGUGUCAGGUGACCUUCCCAGAGCCUAAAUGAUUCAGCUAGAGAAUACCUUUCAGGAGCUGGUAAAGGGGUUAAUUUUUUAACCUUUUUAAACAAACAAAAUACUAAUUAACAUGAGAAUGCGGUACGUGCAAACGUAUGUAAAAAAAAAUAACAUAAAAGGAAAUGUGGACAACAUUCAGGAAGAUACAAGUUUCCGGAGUGACUGGCAGCACAUUUUCUGUGCAGAUUCUGUGGGAAGAUUAUUUGGUGACAGUCGGGUAUAUCUUAAAUAAAAAAAAACGCAUGAAAAAGGGUAUCAUAAAAAGCAAAAAAAAAAAAA